UUUGAUUUACUUUAUUCGAGCGCAUAACAGUAUCUAGUGUUCAUUUACGUCAGUGGUAAGACGGGUUGUUGUUUUUUUUCACUGGAAAAUCAAAUUUUAAGUUUGACAACCGCUCGAUCAUCGUUAUUGGGAAAUCUUAAAGUAGAUAUUUAUAUAAACGUCUUGAUUUAACAUGUGGAAGCUGGUGUUGUUUUCUUCGUUCCUGGUCGUUGCUGUUGAGGCCGACAAGAACGUCACCGUCGGAGGCAUAACCACCAAGGUACUCGGCCAGUCGGGCAAAAUCAAGGUGUACAAGGCGACGGGAAAUGAGUCCGAGGGGGUCACCAUCACAAUGGACGAAAUAAAGGAACUAGAUAGUGCAAAUAAUGCGACCCCCAGUCAUUCCUUUAACACUUUUGCCACCAUGAAUUUCAACUUCUCUCAACAAACAGAAACGACGUACAAGGGCACAGACGUCAACGUGACUCAGUUUAGUUUCACGGCAAACAUUCGCGUUGGCCAGGGGCAGACAAUUGACGGAACGGCCAAACUGACAUCUUACGUCUACAUAUUUUCGUCGAACGGAAACAUAACUGUUGACGGCAAAAACAUGACGGUGAGAACGGGAGACAUGAAGUUCAACGUGAAGAUAGAGUCUUGGCCUUUCUGUGGCGUGGGUAAUGUGAGCUGUACGCAGGGUCAGACGUCCUACAAAGGCGCAUAUCUGGAUUUUUACGUCGAGAUUAAAGGCAAAGGCAGCGUUUUGAAUUCUUCUGCAGGCGGAAACAAUACCUACGAGCUGGGUGGAGCGACAGUUAUGGUUCCCACCGAGGUCAUAUACACGAACAGCAGCGAUUACAACGAGACCAAGCAGAUGCCGGCUGGCUUCCCAAAGGUGGAGAUGAAGGGAACCAAGCAGACAUUUGUCUUCCGGUUUGAGCCGUUCACAAAGAGCGCCCUUUAUGAUCCCAUUGUGAAGCUGACGGAUGAGAAUUCCACCACCACGCCCACCUCCGCCCCUUCAGAAGACAAGGAUAUCUCGGAUAGCGGGGUGUCCGUUAAGGUGCUAGGGAAGUCCGGGAAAAUAGCCUUCACCAACAGCGAUGGCAAAAAGACCAUGACGGUGGAGUUCGACAACCUCAAGGAGAAGACUUUCGACGGAAGUGACAUAAAGGAUAAUAACCAUGGAUACAACAACUUCGCAAGCCAGACCUUCACCUUCGGUGCGCCGAUCGACUCCGAGUAUCCCGAAACUAAUAUCUCCACGAAGAAGCUCAACUUUUCGGCGGAAAUCAACAAUGGGGCCAAGGUCAUGGUUGACAUGUACAUUUUCAAACAGGGCGGCAACAUAAGUCAAGAUGGCGAAGAUACUGUUGUCAAGAGAGGUGACCUCAAGUUCAGUGUAACCGUUAGCGGGUGGACGUUCUGCAACGGGACGUGCCAGCCGAACGAGGUCGGGGAGUACCUGGACUUCGACAUCGUCAUCAAAGGGGCCAGGGGUGCCACCAAGUCCACUUCCGAUGGCAAGAAGCCCGACCAGUAUGACGUAGGGUCGGGAGUUGUGCUCCUCUCUAAGAAGUUAAAGAAAGACAACGAGAACUACGAAAACAUGACGGCUACCUAUCCGAUGCUUAUGACCCAGGGAUCCAAGCAAAUCUUUCGACUCCGGUUUCCCAAAUUUACCAAAAAAGUGUUCUACGACCCGUCCCUCAGCUUCUUCGCCGACUCAGGCACAGGCGGAAGUGCGGGAAUGAGCGCCGGAAGCCUCCUUCUAAUGGUCGCCUCCCUCCUUGCCAUGUCCAUCAACAGAUAUUAGAUGGCUAAAACUGGUUUAAGACGUUUGCACAAUGGCUCUUACAACGCAAUCAUUUUGAACCAUACAAAUCCAAUUAUACGAAACUUUGUGUGAAAGUUUGCUACUGUAUAAUUCAUAUGUGCAUGUUUGUUUUCCGCAUGAAAACAAUAUUGUCAGUGUAUUUGGUGUCUUGGUCGAUCGACAUGAAUGAUUCAGACGGAUUCAAAAGGAUUCAUGUCAAUGACACUUUGGGCCAAAUACCUGAUCUAAUCCUUGAUUUGAAAUCCAUGUACGAGUAUAUUCUAUGAAGCUGAGUACCAAAUAAAUCAACAAAGCACUUGAAAAAGAAGCAACUACACUUGUAUCAAGGUUAAACUGUUCCGUAAAAAAUAAUCAUAGAUCUACUGUACGCUUGACCGAAGUAACAUGAAUUGAUUUCAGUGCAUUGUUAUGAAUGAGUCAUAAAUCAUAGACCUUAAUCAUAAUGAGACGCGGAGUGUUUUUUUUAAAGAAACUCUUUAACCAUAUUGUAUAAUUACAUUUACAUACAUACAUACUUCUUGCAAUAUUUUUAAAUGUAUAAAUAAACAUGUUUAGACGUUUCUUGACAUUUAUGUAUGACUUAGUAAAUAUGUAUAUUAUUAAUCUUACAUAUCCAUGUAUUUGCAUCAAAUAUCUUAUCAUUGUUGACAGUAACCUGUAUCCGCAUUUCCCAAUAAAUGUUAUUGUUGUU